CGGAGGCGCUCGGGGCCCUCGCGCGGAGGAGGGGGCGCGGGAAGAGGCGGGGGCGCGCGGUUGGCAGGGCCAAGACGCCCCCCACUUGCAGGGGGAAAGGGGGGCGCUCGCCCGUCCGCAGCCCGCCCCUCUUUUGCCGCCGCGCCGCCGCUUUCCUGCUGGGACCUGAAGUGUCAACCGCCAAGCCAGCCGAGGAGAGGGCAGGCAGGGGAAGACGCCGAACGCGGCUUUGCAGCGGACCACCGAGGCCAGCGGGAGGGGGGUUCUGCGGCUGGCUGGCUGGUGGGGCAAGUGGGACCCCUGCCUGCUCCCGGCCGGCCGGACUUCCUCGCGGGUGCAGCGGUCUCUCCAGCUUCCCACCCCGACGGCUGCCCUCGGCCGCCUCGCGACUGCCGCUUUCUCUCGCUGCACCGCUGAGAGCCGCAACUUUUCUUGCUGCUCCAACUUCUCCGGCGGGUUGGCUCUCUUAGCCGUCGGAAGACUCCUGUCGCAGAGAGACGCGGCCAGGGGACACAGGCAGAGUUCCACACGCGCCCUCCGUCCGCUGCUGCGGCGGCGGCGGCGGCCCGUGCGCCUCCAGGCUCCACGCGCAGCCGUCGAGCCAGCCCUCCUGCGGGAGCGCCGCGAGCUCGGGGGCCGGCAGCGGCGGCCCUCUGUGCUCUGAGAUGGCCUCGGAGCUGGCCAUGAGCGCGGCGGACUUGCCCACCAGCCCGCUGGCCAUCGAGUACGUCAACGACUUCGACCUGAUGAAAUUCGAGGUGAAGAAGGAGCCGGCGGAGGCGGAGAGGUUCUGCCACCGCCUGCCGCCCCCGGGCUCUCUGUCGUCAACGCCCAUCAGCACGCCCUGCUCCUCGGUGCCUUCCUCGCCCAGCUUCUGCGCGCCCAGUCCCGGCGGGCAGGCGCCCCCGGGCCUCAACCACCCGGGCGGCGUUGGCGGGGGCAACCCCGGGGGCGCAGCGGGCAAGACGCAGCUGGAGGACCUCUACUGGAUGUCCAACUACCAGCACCACCUCAAUCCGGAGGCGCUGAACCUGACCCCCGAGGACGCGGUGGAGGCCCUGAUCGGCAACCCGCACCAUCCCCACCACCACCACCAUCACCACCACCAUCACCACCAGGGCGGCUACGAGGGCUUCCGGGGGCAGCAGUUCCCCGGCGAGGAGCUGGCCCCCUCGGGCCACCACCACCACCCCCCAGGCGGCCACCACCACCACCCGCACCACCUGCGCCUGGAGGACCGCUUCUCCGACGACCAGCUGGUCUCCAUGUCGGUGCGGGAGCUCAACCGGCAGCUGCGCGGCUUCAGCAAGGAGGAGGUCAUCCGCCUGAAGCAGAAGCGGCGGACCCUCAAGAACCGCGGCUACGCCCAGUCCUGCCGCUACAAGCGCGUCCAGCAGCGGCACAUCCUGGAGAACGAGAAGUGCCAGCUCCAGGGCCAGGUGGAACAGCUUAAGGCCGAGGUCGCCCGCCUGGCCAAGGAGCGCGACCUCUACAAGGAGAAGUACGAGAAGCUGGCUAGUCGCAGCUUCGCCGCCGCCGCUGCCAGGGACCCCUCGCCCGCGCAGGGGCCCAGCGCCGGGCCCGGCAAGCCCCCCGCCGGCGCCGCCGACUUUUUCAUGUGAAGGGCGGCGGAGCAGGUUCUGAUGGAUUCACCUUCUCUCACCCCCCCCCUUCCCAAAAAGACAGCAAACUUUUUCAGAGCGAGAAAAGUUGUACAUAAGAGAAGAGGCGAGGCGCGGCCCCCGAGGUUUCGGCGUCGGUUUGGUUUUCUUGGUGGACGGAGGUUGCUUCCCUGCGACGGGGGAACGCCAGAACUGAAAUGGACCGAGAGGGGGAGGGAAAGAAGAAAGAGAGACCCCCCCCAGCGCCUUCCUUGCACUGACUCCGUUCCUGCCUUUUACUAUGUACAAGAGCAGACUUGACCCCUCCGGCUCCCCCCUUUCUGAUGGACUGACUCUCCUUUAUAUCCCCUUCGGUCCUUCUUUGGUGACGCUCGGAAAAGAAGCGAGCCGGGACCCUCGCCUUCCCGCGCCUCACUGCCCAUCCGCCCCAUCGAGGAGCCAGAGACGGAACUCGCUGCGGAAAGGGACGCGCCCCGGAGAGCCGCUUUCCCCCUCCAAGAAAGCGCGAAUUUGAUAGAUUCGCCUUCAGAUGUGAACUGAAUUGGAUUUCUUCUCCCUACCUGUCCUCCCGAAGGCGCUGACACUCAGAUUCCUCUCUCCAGUUAGGAUUUUUAAUGCCCUCCGAUCCUUCUUGAUGCCCAGUGGCAUCUUGCCUCCCAUGUGUUCUGAAGCCUGGAUAAACUGCUUUUGGUUUGUUGAAGGAUUGCUCCCCUCCUCCAACUCUUUUCUGUGGAAGGAAAGGCAAGUUUAGAAAAGGCUCUUUCCCCUCCAGUGAUGUUUCUGAUGCUGGUUCUGGAAAUGUGCUUUGAAAGAGGACCUUGGCUGGGGCACUGUGUACAAGCUCUGAGCUUAGGAGGAGAGAAGAGUUGCACCAGGAUCUUAUGGGCUAACACAGAUUCCUGCCUUUGUACAAUCCGCCUCCACCUGUGCAUCUACAUCAAUCUCCUGCCUCCAGAAUGUACCUGCCACUCACCUAUCCAUCGCCUGCAUGUAACCGACGCACAUCUCUUUUUAGCUAGAAUGCCUAUCACAGCCGCUCACUCCCUCUACAUGCUUAGCUGUCACUCAUCUGCCUGCCAUCCUGAUCCUGUGUGUUUCCGUGGUUUGCUUUCUUUCUUACCUUUCCGCUCUCACUUCUGUCGCCUCCGUGGCUGUUUAGGUGACAGGUUUGUGGUCUACCUGUCUGACUGUUAAUCUGUCAGUCUAUUUAGGGAUCUGCUGGGGACAGCCAUUGGUGGGCGGUCUUUUCUGCUGACAAGAGGGGAGUACAGCAAAUUUUGAUGUGUCCGGGCAGUUGGAGGAGGAAGUACCCCAUCAUUUAUUUGAUUUAUUUAUUACAUUUGUAUUCCACCCAUCCAAUACAUUUGUAUUCCACCCACCUCUGGGCACUUUCCAUAAACAACAAAGUACAAAAUGCAAUUCACAAUGAAAACACUAAAAGUGAAAGAAAAUAAGCCACAGAAGCAAUAAAGCAGCAGCUGAAACAAUUAAAGCCAGGAGAAAGCCCAGGAAAGGGCAAUGUGGUGCAAACACUGGAGUACAUGAUGGACUGAGAGGAGAAGAAGUAUUCACCCGACACCUAAAAGACCUUUGUGUGCAGGCUGGGGAUGGGGGAGAAAUUUGAUUUUGUUUGCCUAAUUUGCAUUUAAACGAAUACACAAAUCGAAACACACCUAUCCUUCAAAAUACACAGUUCUCUAACCAAGAAAUGUGUACAAAAUUGCAUGUUAGGAAAAAGUGCACAUAAAAACCAUAAAUGAGGAAAAUAACAUAAAAUGCAUUAUACAAGAUAAAACUGCUUUAAAAUGUGUAUAUUAAUCAAAGUGCAGACGAAAAUGUGUGUAUUAGGAGAAAUUCACACUAAAAUGCUGACAAAUUUUCAUGAGAUUUUUUUUAAAAAAAUUGUGCAUUGCUGCAGAAAUUUGGAGAACUGAACCAAAGACUGGAAAGAUGAGAAUGUGGAAAUGGACAGGUUUGCUGCAGGUGAGCCUGUCUGGGAACAUACCAAGCACAACACAACAGGACAUACACUUUUGAAAGCACUGUAAUGUUUGGUCAAUUAAUCAGUUAGAUUAACCAAUUAAAAACAUUUCAUAGAAUCAUAAGAGUUGGAAGGGGCUUUGAAGGUCAUCUAGUUCAACCCCUUCUCAUUGUAGAAUCUGCAGUGCAGACUGCAACUGUAGUAUCCCUGGGUUCUUACUGGGAGGAAGGGCAGGAUAUAAAUCAAAUAAUCAAAUAAAUAAAUAAUAAAUAUCCCUGACAAAUGACUGCCCAGACUCUGCCUAAAUACCUCCAGGGAAGGACAGCCCCUCCCCUCCCAGGAAGUCCAUUCCAAUGUUGAAAAACUGUUACAAUAGGAAGUUUCUCCUCAAUAGUUAAAAUCUGCUUCCCUACAAGUUCCACUCACUGAUUCUAGUCCUGUCCUCUGGAGCAAAAUAGAUCAUAUCUGCCCUCCAUCUAAUGUAUGGCAGCCCUUUAGAUAUUUGGGGAAGUAUCCAACAAACUUGUUCUGUCAGGACAAGCAUUUAUGGUUCUGCAAUGGAACUCCCCCCUCCCUUUCCUUCUCCUGUGCAUGCCCCGCACCCUUCCCAAAUCUGCUCCAGAGGGUUGGGGGAACCUCUGGAGCCGAUUCACGGGGCACGUGUGGGGAGAUAAGGGGGAAGUUCCAUUGCAUAAGCGUAAAUCCUUGUGCUGGCAGAAUGGGUUAGUUGGAUACCAGAUUUUGAUUAAACUGGUCAGUAGGCUUAUUGUUUAUUGUUAGUAAAAAUGCUUAUGAAAAGCUACCAGUGAUCAGCACCAUCUUAAAAGAGGUUUUGCAUCCUCUCUCUGUGUGUGUAUGUGUGUGUGUGUGUGUGUGUGAGGGAGAGAGAGAGAGAGAGAGAGAAGAGGGCCUGCCUUCUUCAUCCAUUUGCAGCAGCCAUUCCAAGUGUGCUUUCCAUACCUGUUGCCCCCCGACCCCACGCAUUGUGUGGCAGAGCACACAGUUGGUGUGGAAAAAGUUCAAUAUCCAGCAUCUGCAGCUAGAAUGACCCAUAGUAGGAGGAAGUGGGAAAGACAAUCUGCUGGAGAUCUUGGAGUAAAGAAGUAAUCUCCAUACCCCAUAAUGGGCCCUCAAUUACUUCACCCUUUUCCAACUCUAUAAUAGCAUUUUUGAGGUGCCGCAAUCAGAACUGUACAUAGAAUUCCAAGCACAGUGGUGGCUACUGGCUCCAUGCCAGUCGGGCAGUGGAAUCCACUCUGGAUUUUAAUCUGAACUUUCAAGGAGCUGGCCAAUCUUACAGGGCUAUCAAUGGCUACUAGCCGUGAUGGCUGUGCUCUGCCACCCUAGUCAGAGGCAGCAUGCUUCUGUAAACCAGUUGCCGGAAGCCUCAGGAGGGGAGAGUGUCCUUGCACUCGGGUCCUGCUUGCGGGCUUCCCCCAGGCACCUGGUUGGCCACUGUGAGAACAGGAUGCUGGACGAGAUGGGCCACUGGCCUGAUCCAGCAGGCUCUUCUUAUGUUCUUAUGUUCUUAAAGCCGCUGCCAGCCCGUGUAGGCAACACUGAGCUAGAUGGGCUAAUGGUCUAAAAUAAAACAGCCGAUAUCAUAAUGCCGUUGUAUAAAUCUAUGGUGCGGCCGCAUUUGGAAUACUGUGUACAGUUCUGGUCGCCUCAUCUCAAAAAAGAUAUUAUAGAGUUGGAAAAGGUUCAGAAGAGGGCAACCAGAAUGA